AUGUGCGGUAUCAUUGCAGUCAUCCACGGCGACCCCAAGUCGCAAUCGGCUUCGGUUGAGGUCCACGAUGCCCUCUAUCUCCUCCAACACCGCGGCCAAGACGCUGCUGGAAUAGUCAGCUGCAGCGCCGGUGGUCGUUUCCACCAAUGCAAGGGCAACGGUAUGGCCUCCAAGGUUUUCCAGGACGGCGCUCGCGUUUCCGAUCUCCCGGGAUUCAUGGGUCUCGGCCACCUACGAUACCCCACUGCCGGCAGCAGCGCAAACUCUGAGGCUCAGCCCUUCUACGUAAACAGCCCGUACGGCAUCUGUAUGACUCACAAUGGCAACCUCAUCAAUGCCCCUGCGCUGCGCCAGCGCCUGGACCACGAGGCUCAUAGACACAUCAACACGGAGAGCGAUAGCGAGCUGAUGCUGAAUAUCUUCGCGGAUGAGCUCAACGAGACGGGCAAGGCACGUAUCAACGCUGAUGACUGCUUCGCGGCAUUGGAGAGGAUGUACAAGCUUUGCACUGGUGGAUGGGCAUGUACCGCUAUGCUGGCUGGGUUUGGUCUGAUUGGAUUCCGCGACCCAUAUGGUAUCCGACCCAUGGUCCUUGGAUCUCGAAAAGCGCAAGAUGGCCAUGGAAUGGAUUACAUGAUGGCUUCCGAGAGUGUGGCACUGGUUCAAUGCGGCUACAAGGACUUCCAAGACAUUCUACCUGGCCAAGCUGUCAUCAUCGAGAAGGGCAAGGAGCCCGUCUUUAGGCAGGUUGCCAAGCAAGAAGCAUAUACCCCGGACAUUUUCGAAUACGUUUACUUUGCCCGACCCGACUCCGUCAUUGACGGCAUUGACGUGGAUGAGAGCCGACGUAACAUGGGCUUUACACUUGCCGAGACCAUCAAAAAGCAGCUGGGGCCUGAGAAGAUGGCUGCGGUGGACGUGGUGAUGCCGAUUCCGGAGACAGCGAUUACAUCGGCUCUGUGCGUUGCUGAGGCCCUCGAGAAGCCCUAUGUACAGGGCUUUGUCAAGAACCGUUACAUCUUCCGCACAUUCAUCAUGCCAUCGCAAAAACUACGUCAAAAGGGUGUUCGGGCUAAGCUGAAUCCGAUGAAGAAGAAGUUCGAAGGCAAAACUGUUUUGCUGGUCGACGACUCGAUUGUUCGUGGCACAACGUCCCGCGAAAUUGUCCUCAUGGCGCGCGAAGCUGGCGCUAAGAAGGUCUACUUCACUUCAUGCGCGCCACCCAUUACCAAUGCUCACAUCUACGGUAUCGAUCUGGCGUCCUCCUCGGAGCUUAUUGCUCACCACCGUGACACAGCAGCCAUUGCCAAGCACCUUGGUGCCGACGAUGUCGUCUAUCAAAAGCUCGAGGAUCUGGAAAGUGCAUGCGCACGUCUGUCUCCUCGUGAUCCAGCCACGCAAAAGUUCGAAGUGGGCGUUUUCUGUGGAAAAUACGUUACGCCCGUCGACGAAGGCUAUUUCGAGCGCCUCGAAAGGGUCCGCGGAGAGAGCCGGAAACAGAAAGUGAUGGAGAAGGCACGUGAGGCGGUUGUGCACGGCACAGCCAACCCGCAGCAAGUGCGCAUGGCUGCCAAGGGUGUGGAGGUCGACCAACAUGGCAACGUCAUCCCGUCAGAUGGUGGCGCUGGUUCACCCAAUUGGCACGCGCUGAAUACUCCCACGACUGAUGCGUUGGCCAAUGGCGAGGACGAUGAGCGACGUGUUACCAGCAGCCAGGAUAUCAGCUUGCAUAACAUGAACGAUCACAACUAGGUGGUGCUCAAAUGCAGGGCCGCAUGUCUUCAUAGUUUUCGUUGGGCCACUACCCCGCGGUGAUUAAUGGCGAAUCAUGGCUGCUUUUUAUUUUACGUGACAUGACGUUUACUGAAGAUUCACGACUUAGAUACGACUUUGGGAAAUCACGGGAAGACUCAAAAGAGGGUUCAGAGGCUCCUGCAGGGGGUCUAUGGUGAGAUUGAGUGUGAGCGUCUGCUCACGUUCUCUCCCUUCAGUAUUAAAUCCAACAACUAUUUGCAAAAGCCUUCGGGCCAGGCCC